ACUGCCCAUGUCUCGGGGGAAUUUCCUUUCGACGUCACCCAAGGACACCGCCGAUUCCUUUCGGGAAUACGGUGUCGUCGAGUCAAGCUCGUCGAUCGCAUGCUGGUGCACGUGAUUGCCACUUUGACACUAAGCCCAACUAAGCGCUUAGUGCGACGCGUCCAGAAGGGAACUGACGGCACGCGUGAGAGCCCACACCAUGGCGAAAGCAGAGUCUUCGAAAGCAGCCGCCGGCAAUGGUGUCAGGGCCAAUCCCAAUGCAGUCGGAGGAGCAAACUACGAACUCCCAUGGGUAGAGAAAUACCGCCCAGUAUACCUUGACGAUGUCGUCGGCAACACUGAGACGAUUGAGCGCCUCAAGAUCAUCGCCAAGGACGGAAACAUGCCACACAUGAUCAUCUCAGGCAUGCCUGGCAUUGGCAAGACAACCUCGAUCCUGUGCCUCGCGCGACAAAUGCUCGGAGACGCGUACAAGGAAGCAGUGCUCGAACUCAAUGCAUCAGACGAACGAGGUAUCGACGUUGUACGGAACAGAAUAAAGGGCUUUGCACAGAAAAAGGUCACGCUACCACCCGGCAGGCAGAAGUUGGUCAUCUUGGAUGAGGCAGACAGCAUGACAAGUGGUGCACAGCAGGCGCUGAGGAGAACCAUGGAAAUAUACAGCGCAACAACAAGAUUCGCCUUUGCAUGCAACCAGUCGAACAAGAUCAUCGAGCCGCUGCAAUCGCGAUGCGCCAUCCUUCGCUACGCCCGCCUCACCGACGCCCAAGUCGUGCGCCGAGUAAUGCAAAUCUGCGAAGCGGAGAAGGUCGAAUACUCGGACGACGGCAUCGCGGCUCUCGUAUUCUCGGCAGAGGGAGACAUGCGACAGGCCAUUAACAACCUACAGUCGACACAUGCUGGUUUUGGCUUUCUGAACGGGGACAACGUCUUCAGGGUUGUGGAUAGCCCACAUCCAAUCAAGGUGCAGGCCAUGAUUAAGGCAUGCCACGAGCAGAAGAUAGACGAUGCCUUGACAACGCUGAAAGAGCUGUGGGACCUCGGAUACUCGUGUCACGACAUCAUCAGCACAAUGUUCAAGGUCACAAAGACGAUCGAUACCUUGAGUGAGCACGCAAAGCUGGAAUUCAUAAAGGAAAUUGGUUUCACACACAUGCGCAUCCUCGAAGGCGUGCAGACGCUCCUCCAGCUCUCCGGCUGUGUUGCUCGCCUUUGCAAGAUCAACAUGCAGCCUCAGCUUUUCAUUAUGCCGUCAAAACAAAAGUGAUACACCCCGACAACGCACGUAUAGGAUUUAGCAGGGCGUUUGGUGUUUCUGAUUUGUUUACAACGCCUCCGUUUCUGGAAAAAUAUUUCAGCAUAUGCUAGAAUCGAAGAAUCAGAGAUAUUCCAUAUCUGAU